GUGUGCGUGAUAUUUGAUGGCGAUUGGGGCUAGGGCAGCCAGGCGCUGUGCCGCUGCGCUCCUCCUCCUCUUCGUGCUCACCUUGCUCCGCGAUGCAGCUAGAUUGGAUCGAUUCUUGGGGCGAUCGCCGCCUCUUCUUCCCCUUGCGCCUGGGAUCUACAACACCUCCGGGGGGCCGCUUCCCCACAAGAUCAAUGUCCACAUUGUGCCGCACACGCACGAUGAUGUGGGAUGGCUCAAGACUGUGGAUCAGUACUAUGUUGGCUCCAACAAUUCCAUCCAGAUUGCCGCUGUCCAGUAUAUUAUCGACUCUGUCAUCCAGUCCCUGGAGGACAAUCCAGAUCGCAAGUUUAUCUAUGUUGAACAGGCUUUUUUCCAGCGAUGGUGGAGGGAGCAAACUCCUGCGAAGCAAAAAAUCGUGCAUCGAAUGGUUGAGUCCGGCCAACUCGAGUUCGUUAACGGGGCGUGGUGUAUGCAUGACGAAGCUGGUGCUAGCUACAUCGACAUGAUCGAUCAAACUACGCUUGGCCAUCGGUUUAUCAAAUCCCAGUUUAACAAAAUGCCUCGCAUUGGAUGGCAGAUCGACCCGUUUGGCCAUUCAGCUGUGCAAGCUUAUCUUCUCGGAGCAGAGGUCGGCUUUGAUGGUUUAUUUUUUGCACGGGCUGAUUACCAAGACAUUGCUAAACGACGAGCAACGCGCGGCAUGGAGUUUGUAUGGCAGGGAUCCAGAACAUUAUCGUCGUCUUCACAAAUCUUUGGAGGUAUCCUCGCAAAUCACUACUCUCCUCCAGAGGGGAUGAAUUUUGACUUUAAGUCCAAUGAUCCUUUGAUACAAGACAAUCCUCUUCUAUACGACUACAAUCUUCAGGAGCGAAUUGACUUGUUUGUCAAGCGUGCUCAAGAACAGAGUGAGCAGUUCCGAUCAAAUCAUAUAAUGUGGACUAUGGGUCAAGACUUUAAUUAUGAGCAAGCAAAUACUUGGUUCAAGCAGCUAGACAAGCUAGUGCACUAUAUGAACAAGGAUGGAAGAAUUAAUGUGUUUUACUCUACUCCAUCUAUCUACGUAGAUUCGAAAAAUGCUGCCAACAUCACCUGGCCUUUGAAAACCGAGGACUUUUUCCCCUACGCGAAUUGCUCCCAUUGCUACUGGACUGGUUAUUUCUCAAGCCGCCUCGCUCUGAAAGGCUACGUUAGGAGGUUGUCUGCGUACCUUAUGGCCGCACGUCAGCUAGAGUUUGUGGUGGGAAGAAAUUUUUCUGCAGACAACACCGAUUCUCUGGAGGAUGCGCUCGCAAUCCUCCAACAUCACGAUGCUGUAACUGGGACCGAGCAACAACAUGUUGCAAAUGACUAUGCGAAGAGACUCGCUACUGGGGCUUCCAAGGCUGCGAAGGUGAUGGAGGUAGCCAUAUCCGUCCUAACGGCCUCCAGCUCCGCGCUUAAUACUGCGACCAAUUGGUUUGUUCCAAUCUGGGAAAGAUUAACGUCCUCCAAAUACUUGUCCGUUUUACCGAAAGGAAUCAGUGGCAGAUCUGCUCUGAGCUUUGAUCAGUGCCUGCUUUUGAAUAUUAGCUAUUGCCCACCUUCUGAAGCCAAACUAGAGGAUGGCACUUCUCUGGUAGUAGUUUUGUACAAUACGCUUGGCUGGAGUCGUAAAGAGAUGGUGCGAAUUCCGGUUUCAAGUACACGUUUGCAAGUCAGAGAUUCGACUGGGAAUGCAAUUCCGUCGCAGCUAAUUCCUUUAGACAGUGUGACAAGAAAACUGAAGGAGAUUUAUGUGAAGGCCUAUACGGGCAACUCUUCCAGCAAUGACGACGUUUACACUCUUGUGUUCAAAGCUUCUGUUCCGCCAUUAGGAUUUAAUUCCUACUUCAUCAGCGCGUCAAACGGUACACAUGGUUGUGCAUCGCUCUCUUCUUUCAAAAAUCAUGAAAGCCCAAGGGAAGUAUCCUCAUCUAAAACCAAGCUUAAGUUCUCGUCCAGUGGACAGCUUCAACAGUUUACGGAUCGUAAAUCUGGAAUUGUAUCUGCUGUCAAGCUGUCAUAUUGCUGGUAUAAUUCAAGUGAUGGUGUCACAGAAGAAGCUCGAGGCCAGUCUUCGGGAGCUUACGUGUUUCGUCCCAACUCUUCGUCCUGCUACCCCGUCGAUAGCAAAGAGAUGGUUUCGAGCUAUAUAAAAGGUUCCUUGGUUGAAGAAGUACAUCAAACGUUCUCUUCCUGGGUAUUCCAGGUGCUGAGGCUUUACAAAGACGCGCAAUAUGCUGAAAUUGAAUACACAAUCGGACCAGUUCCAGUAAACUCCAGUGAUGCUGGCAAAGAAAUAGUUACCAGAAUAAGCACGGACUUGGAAAGCGAAAAGAUUUUUUACACGGAUUCGAACGGUCGAGACUUUCUUAAGCGGGUAAGAGAUUUUAGAAGUGACUGGGAGCUCAAUGUCACUGAACCAAUAUCGGGAAACUACUAUCCGAUCAACCUGGGCAUUUACUUGCAACAAGACAAUACGGAGUUCUCCGUGCUUGUGGACCGAGCAAUUGGCGGCUCUAGUCUAAAAGAUGGUGACAUCGAGCUAAUGGUGCAAAGGCGCUUAUUACACGACGACCACAGAGGUGUUCAAGAGGCUUUAAACGAAACAAUAUGCAUAGACAGCAACGAAUGUGAAGGCCUGACGGUUCGUGGCAAGUUUCUUCUUGGUUUACACUCAACACAGGAGUCUGCGAGAUGGCGACGAAAUCAAGGCCAGCGGCUUUAUUCGCCUCUGGAAAUGUUUUUCUCGAAGCUGUCUUCGAGCACUGGCAAGAUAGGAAAUCCAACAUUCUCUGCAACAGAGUCUGGCUACGAACUACCACAGAACAUAGCUAUCAUCACGCUGCAGGAACUGGAAAACGGGGAUGUCCUGCUGAGACUGGCUCAUUUGUACGAGGCUGGAGAGGAUAUCGAACUGUCCACGGUUGUGCGCGUCGAUUUGCAGAAGAUUUUUGGCCUGAGACAGGUUGCAAGUGUUGUGGAGCUCAAUCUUUCAGCUAACCAAGAGAGAGCUUCCAUGAAACCUCUACAAUGGCAACUUGAUCCGAACGUAGAGGAUGCUGCCGCUGUUCACGUUCGCGGUCCACUUUUAAAGCCGAGCGAUCGCCACAUUGACAUUGCUCCCAUGGAAAUCCGGACCUUGCUCGUCACCUUUGGCUAGACCUUGCAACACUCCAGGUACUAGCUUGACGACACUUGAUUGUUUGAUUUGUGAGAGGUUAAGAAGCUUUGGUUACGGCCUUAUCAAAAGUACAUGAUAUUCUAUGUUUAUAUGACAAGAAACUCUACUUCAA